AGUCAAUACAAUACAGAGCAGCGCAAGCUGUUUUACAAUUAAAGUGUAAACCCGCAAGACCAGCCUUAUUGGGAGAUCUCGGUUGGUCUCCCAUUGACCUCACAAUUGAAAAACGACAAAUUGCCUACUUUAAAUACCUAAAGUUUGACCUAGCCCAUUCAUCCCUACCCCAUAAGGUUUUAACUCAUUUGAUAAACCAACAUAGUGAAGGUAAUGAAGCCCCUUGGAAAUAUGUGUCUAACAUAAAGUCUAUUUUAAUCAAGAGGGGCCUUGAUGACGUUCUUUUUCGAGAUGACUGUGAGUGGUACAAUACCUAUGAAUGCAUUUGUAGACAGGAACGCACCACUAAUUUUAUUGAUGACAUUUCCCAUUAUAAAUCUCUAAAUACUUAUUCCACCUUUAAGAACCAUCCAUACCAAGAAAAUUAUCUAAAACAAGACUUUGAUUUUUAUGGUUCUAGACUCAAAUUUCUUGCAAGAACCAACAAUUUUUGCCUUGAAUCCAAUUACUCUGUAUGGGGCAAAAGUGAUGGCAAAUGUAAACUUUGUAGUUUGAAUGUACAUGAAGACUUACAGCAUAGGUUGCUGCUGUGUGAACAUUUUAAAGAAGAACGUGAAUCCUUUUUCCACACUGUUUGUAAGCAAUGUCCCCCCGAUUUGUUUUCUGAUUUCAUUAAGGGCAAUCUGACUGAAAAAUUGACCUUUAUUUUUGGUGAUGAGACUUUUUCAAAAUGGGGGCAAGACUAUUUUAGAUUAUUUGAUAGCAUUGUAAAACGCUUUUUAACCCAAGUGUACAAGCCCAGAGAUUUAUGUCUUUGAUUAUUUUAGUAUAUGCAACAUUGUUUUAAAGAAAUUAUAACAUGACUUUGUAUUCUAUUCAUAUUGUAUAGUUGUAUGUAGCCGCACUGGAUAAUAAUCCAUGUGCCACUGUUAUAAAAGUGUUGGCAAAUAAAUAAAUAAAAAUAAAUAUCGGCGCUUUUGAAAGCACACACGUGGCACUUAUUCCGAGGAACUGAAAUAACAAAAUAUAUGAAUAGUCAUGUAGUACAAACACUCAUCUUCAAAAUACUAACGCGAUUAUUUUCAGAAGCACAGACAAAUUAUUAAGCAACAAAACAUGUGAAAUGUGAACACUAUUACAAGACAAUUCAAAGUCGUUAAUUUUAUCACGUCUAAAACGUUAUCUUUACAAUUCCAAAACGUUAACAUGCUUAUUAUAAGACACAUCCAUGACGUUAUGUU